CAGCAUUCUCACCCUGCUUUUCGCAGGAGCACAGCGGUCACUCAUCUUGGCACCGGCACUUCUGGGGAAGGUAUAAAUGCCACCUCCCGCUGGCCGAGCUUCACGGCACUCGCAGGGGCUGGUGUCACUGGUCAUUCCUGCACAGGACAGUCCACCAUGGCCUCAGACCACCAGACCCAGGCGGGCAAGCCACAGUCCCUCAACCCCAAGAUCAUCAUCUUCGAGCAGGAAAACUUUCAAGGCCACUCGCAUGAGCUCAAUGGGCCCUGCCCCAACCUGAAGGAAACUGGCGUGGAGAAGGCAGGCUCUGUCCUAGUGCAGGCUGGACCCUGGGUGGGCUAUGAACAGGCCAACUGCAAGGGCGAGCAGUUUGUGUUUGAGAAGGGUGAGUACCCCCGCUGGGACUCAUGGACCAGCAGCCGAAGGACGGACUCCCUCAGCUCCCUGAGGCCCAUCAAAGUGGACAGCCAAGAGCACAAGAUCAUCCUCUAUGAAAACCCCAACUUCACCGGGAAGAAGAUGGAAAUCAUAGACGACGAUGUACCCAGCUUCCACGCCCAUGGCUACCAGGAGAAGGUGUCAUCUGUGCGGGUGCAGAGUGGCACGUGGGUUGGCUACCAGUACCCUGGCUACCGUGGGCUGCAGUACCUGCUGGAGAAGGGAGACUACAAGGACAGCAGCGACUUUGGGGCCCCUCAUCCCCAGGUGCAGUCCGUGCGCCGUAUCCGCGACAUGCAGUGGCACCAACGUGGCGCCUUCCACCCCUCCAACUAGUGCCCUCCCCACCAUGCCUCCUUCCCAGGACCCAGGUCUGCUGCCCAGGAACCCUCCAGACCUCCCAGAGAGUGAAUAAAGUGUGACUUGCAACUUG